AUGCCAAAACGAAGUGCGGAUGAAAAAAUCGAGCGUAACGAACGCAAAAUUAGAAAAUUACGUGAACGGGAUGUCGCACGACAUCGCCGAAUACGGGUCAUAUCAUCAGAAUAUUCCAAUAAUGAAGGGCAGAGUACCACAACACCCGAGCCCAUGCUGGAGCCCGAGCUUACACCGGAACCUGAGCUCACACUGGAACCAGAGACCAGGGCGGAGAAACCAUUAGAGCCACUAGCUUUAGAGGCAACUUUGACGAAACAAAACCAGAACGGUGAAUCAUCUGAACCAGAAUUAGACUCUGAAUUUUUAGAAGCCCUCGCAACCGCUCUUCUAGUCCGGCCCACCUCGGUACUCAACGAACCGUUGCAACCGAGGUGGGAAGAUAACUUCGACGCAGAGCCGCCGUCCAUACCCGAGCUCGACGCAACAGCAGACAGCAUCGAAGUCUUCAGCAGCGAACAAGACUCGUGCCCCAGCGCCGCAGUAACUCAGAUCUUACUUGGUGGACCAAUAACAUCAAAACAACAUUACAUCCAAUGCGAAACGCCGGCUAUAAAAUUGAAAACUACACAGAUGCUUCACGAACUGGCUGGGGCGCAGUGCGCGAUGAAGAACGCGCUCGCGGAGGGUGGUCAGUUAGCGAACGCAAUUACCAUAUAA